AUGUGCUUGAGCAGAACAUUUCACAGUAUUUCGCUUUCUUCUACACAGCCUACGAGAAAAUACUAUCAAGCCAGCUACACAACGCAUAGAAAUCUAUCCAAUUCGACAGCACGGUCGCAACAGUCUAUCAAAGUGCUAGAUAAGGAGCAUGCUAUAGACGAUUACACUAACAUACCAACAUCGAUCAAUUCGCGCUUACAGCCAGAGCCAAGAUUGCCCCAGACUGUAUCGCAUCCGAUUAAUCUGUUAUGCAACCAAAUACAUCGGUCUAUGCCUGAAUUUGAGGUGAUCAAGCCACCAUCUCCAGUGGUCACAGUUGAAGACAAUUUUGGAUCAUUAGGUUUUCCGGAAGAUCAUCCUGGCAGAUCACCAACUGAUACAUAUUAUAUCAAUAGGUCAACAUGUCUACGGACGCAUACAAGUACACACGAAGUGGACACAUUCUCCAAAGGGCACACAAAAUGGCUCCUAACAGCUGAUGUUUUCAGGAGAGAUGAGAUUGAUGCAAGCCAUUAUCCAAUCUUUCAUCAAAUGGAAGGUGCAUGUGUAUACGAUUUGAGCGAAUACGAAGAGGGAGGAAGGGUGAAAAGAGAAUGCGAAGAGAUGGAACAGCGUCUAAAGACUUCUCAAAUUGAGAUUGAAGACAAUGUCGAUAUCCAGGAAGCUGGUGGCUAUCAACCCGCACACGAACAAGAUCCGAAGAAGAAAGUUGCCGCUCAAUUGGCAAUGCGACAUCUCAAAGCUAGCCUCAACAAUCUGGUUUUGGAUCUCUUCAGCGAGAGGCAUGCGGCUGAUGUGGCAUCUGAAGUCGCAGCAGGUUCUACGGCCGAACCUUUACGAGUUCGUUGGAUCUCCGCAUCGUUCCCAUUCACUUCACCCAGCUUUGAGAUCGAAGUCAUGUUCAGAGGGAAAUGGUUGGAAAUCUUGGGAUGCGGUGUGGUGAUGGAACGUACGUUGGAGAAUGCAAAGGUCACCAACAAACUAGGAUGGGCUUUCGGUCUUGGUCUAGAAAGAAUAGCAAUGGUAUUAUUUCAAAUUCCUGAUAUUCGUCUAUUCUGGUCCCAAGAUCCGCGAUUCUUAUCUCAGUUCGCCUCGCCAAAGUCUUCCAAUGACAAAAAGGAACACGAGUCGAAAACCGGUGUAUCUUCAGCAGGAGGUGCAAGCGUGCCAGAUAAAACCACGUCACCUUCCAAGCUUCCGCUGAUCACCUUCAAGCCAUACAGUCGCUAUCCUCCUUGCUACAAGGAUGUCUCAUUCUGGCUGCCGACCAAAUCUAGCACUUCCAACACCCCAGCUUUGCACGAGAAUGACGUAUUUGAAGUGAUUCGAGAUAUCGCAGGAGAUUUGACGGAAGACGUUGUCUUGAUCGAUGACUUUGUUCAUCCCAAAACGCAAAAGCAAAGCAAAUGUUUCCGAAUCAAUUACAGAAGUAUGGAUAGAAAUUUGGAGAAUGAAGAGGUGAACCAAAUUCACGCAAAAGUGACACAAAGAUUAGUUGAUGAUCUAAAGGUUGAAUUGCGAUGA